AUGUGGAAAAUUAUUCUUCGCAUAAAGAAGAAGAUUGCACUUCUGUACUUUUUCCACCAUUGCAAAAAGUGUACUGUGUUAUACCUCUCUUUGCGCCACCGCCCAGUAUAGAAAUUGUAGAGUUACUAGCAGAGUUAAUACUACUGCUCGUUCUUCGGUUAACUGAAUUGCAACGCAUAAUCGUUCCUGGAAUUACUUUGUCUCUUGGAAGUAACUUUAUUUUUUUGGAGUAUAUAGAAAAAGUUGAAAAUUUUGUGGAGUUGAUCUUGCCUUUUUAUGCGACACAUUUUUCUUGUGAAGAUGGCGUAAUUUUUUCGGAAAAAAAAAGGAUGAUAACUGAAAAAGUUUUAAGAAUUCGAGAGAACCUAAAGAAUUUCUUUAGACGACAUUUUAACUCACUCCAAGAGUUUAAAGAGAACUUUAAAAGGCCAAUCACCGAGUUGUCUCGAAAAAAUCUUGUUGGGGAAUUGGACAAUUUCAUCGCGUUACAUGCUGAAAGUAAGGAGUAUUUGAAUCGUAAAAACGAAAUCAAAACUUUGCUCACUGAAGCGCUUCAAAAACUUUAUCCCAAAGCCGAACUAAAGAUGUUCGGCUCUUCAGUGUCGGGUCUCGGAUUUUCUCAGUCCGACUGCGACUUUUGCUUAUCACUUCCCCGGGAAUAUUUUGAACAGUAUAAGAAAUCUCAAAACUUUGUGGAACCGCCAGGUUAUCGCAAGGUCAAGGACGAUCCCUAUUUACAGUUAAAUGACUACAUGGAAAGCAAAAGCAGCGAGAAAAUUGAAAAUGACCAGGCUGUCAACAGGACGAACGCGGAAAAGAAGAGUUUAGGAAUUAGUAAUAAUAGGAGUAAAAAAAGAGAAGAGCAAUUAUUUUCGGCUAAAGUUAUUACUGAUAUCGCCGAACGCCUCCAGGAAGAAACUGCCUUUUCUCCUUUUGAGCUUGAUGAAGUUAUUAUUUCUGCGCGCGUUCCCAUAGUCAAGCUGAGGCAUAGAGAGUACCGCGUGUCCUGUGACGUCUGUGUGAACAAUGAAGUUGCCCUCGUAAACUCUCAACUGUUGAAGGCGUACGCGGAAAUAGACGCGCGCUUUAAGACUUUGGCGUUGGCCAUCAAGUUUUGGGCUAAAAAAAGAGGGAUAAACGACGCAUCCAAUGGGACACUGAGCUCCUAUGCGCUUGUUAUAAUGCUGAUUUACUUCUUGCAACGAACUUGCCCCCCUGUCCUUCCUUGCUUGCAGACUAUUUUUCCUGGAGGGAGGGAGCAGUUUUGCAGGAGUGUGAAAAGAGCAAGAAGAGCUCUUCGUGAUAAAAAUGAGGAAUGCGUCGGCUCUCUGUUCCAUCAGUUCUUUAUAUUCUACUCUACUAAGUUUGACUAUAAACGGAGCGUCGUAAACAUUCGGAAUAAUCAAGAACUUCUUAAAAAACACUACAAGCCGCACUCCUCCAUCAAAAGUUGGCGCCUUUCCAUCCAAGAUCCCUUGGAACUCGCACAUGACUUGGGCUCUGUUAUCUUCAGCCCUCGGGGGCAAACAAGAAUAAUCAAUGAGUUUUCACGUGCCUCGAAAAUAAUCGCGUCUUCUUCCUUUCAGGAGUUAUGCAGUGAGGCUGAGGCUGCCACGAUCAAACCGGCAUGCAAGCGGUGCUUUUCCGAAAUGCAUUCCACCGAUGACUGUUUUCGUUUACCUCCUGCUUGUUACCAAUGCGGCUCAUUUACUCACUUGGCUAAGGGGUGCCCAAAAACAUCCAAAACUGGUACGAAACUUAAGCGCGGCGAGAAUAGCACUCGACGACCCCAAAUGACCGACAGCAGAGCUUACCGCAAGCAAACUACUAAUACUAGUCGUUACGUGGAUACUAAUGUCAGCAAGUACAAUAAGGAGUGGUUCAGCUACAGGCAAGUCAAAGAGCGUUACAUUAAUCCGCAUAGAAUUCGCAGUCGCUCGCCACCCCGGCUCGUCAUGCCUCUGAACUGGACCCUAUCCCCCUUUUCUGGGGUCCAAGUCAAUGAGAAGUGGCCUCAAAAGGCCCCUGGAAACAUUUCAACCAGUAAAAUGACCAGCAAAAUAGCAUUGGCGGAGGCAAUUAUAUGCGAGGCUAAUAUAAAUCAGGUUCUCGAUGUUCCCCGUACCGAUGUUCAAUCGACUAUGAAUCCCCCUAAUGAAAAUUGACGAUAAGUGUAACUUGGUAAACUUUAAAAACCUUCAUAGGCUGGUCUUCGCCAGAAAAUCGGAGUUAAUAAAACUUUUUAGUAACUAUAUCUAAUCUAUAUAGUAAUAAAUGUAUAUAUCACAUUA